AUGCUUACCCCUUUCCUCCCUCCGCAUCGCCCAUUCCUCGGGGAACUGAUCCCUUCUGAUACUUACGUUUCUCCCAUGGCGAUGCAGCAGGGGAAGACAAUCGAGGACUUGAUUGACCCGCCCGGCAUGGAGAAGCUGGAGGAUGAUGGCAGCCCGACGACGUCGCCGUACGUUCCACUGCCGUCCCCCGAGAUUCCCGCGGACCUGAACCUGGACCUGGACCUGGGAAUGUGCGGGAUGGCGUCCAGCCCUCCAACCACCAGGAAAGGUUCGUCGUCCAAUCCCCAGGUGACCGAGGUCCAGGAAUCGAUCGCGCAUCCCAGUCUGAGCCGGUCGAAGCAAUUGCCGUCGUCGGAUGCGUACCAUCCUGGUCACAGUAAGGAUGUCAGUACCGACCCUCCAUUCCCAGAGGUUUCUAAGCGUCCGCAGACUCAGAGUGAUGGCAUUUUCUCACCUUUCACGGGCGAUUUGAACGAGGCCUUGGAUUCGGUGCAUCUUGCCAAACUGGUCCUUGCCAACCAACAUCUGGUUGAAGAACAACAGACCGUCUCGGCAAAGCGGUCGCAGGUGCGCGAGCUCCGACAAGCGCUGAAAUACAAACGGGAGGAAGAAUCAAACCUACGAACGGCCUUGAUGAGAAAGCUCAACGCUCUGUUUGCCCAGCAGGACCUUUCCACGACCCAGCCCUUGGUGCGGGAUUACGAAGCCUUGCAACUGACCACCGAGGCGUACGUGCAGCUGGAAUACAGUUACCACGACGCUGAAGACCAACUGGAGCAACAAGAAUACCGCCUGGGCAUGUCCAUGAAAAGGUUCGCUAGCCUAUCAUGCAAGGGCCCUUUGCGUACCUCCCUGGACCUCACCAAACAUACCCUGGAAGAUGAUUCUCCCGAUGACAGUGAUGACGCUUCGUCCAUGGCCACUGCAGCCCAGGACCAUCCUCAGGGUAUAGUAGAUUACCUCUCGCGUGUGGGGGAUGUUCGGUUACUUCAGGAACAUCUAAUGAACCUGGAUUCCCAAUGGCUAGCCAUCAUGGACAAACAUAAACAGCGGAACCCACUUCAUCUGGCUCUUGACGACGAAUCUUUGGAAUUUUUGCGCACCUACGACGAAGAAAGGAGGAACAUGUGGUACGAGCUCAACCAUGCACAGUUGGAUGUCAAUCAACUUCGCUCCAUCUGCGAAGAAAAUGGUCUUUUAACCGACGACCGCACGAGAAACCUGGAUUUUCUGUACCCUUUAGACUCUGAGGAUUCCACCAGACUGAGCGAUGAUCCUCUCAAGCUCUCCGUUGAUGAAGGCUCCUCUUUCUUCUUCGAACCUCAGGCAACGACCCAGCUCCAGCCUACCGGGUUUAUCAACAAGUGGCUCUUGCACCAGCUCCGCAACUCAUCGGUUGAAAUACACCGGCUCAAAUCCCGUCCCGAACUCCAGCCCCUAUGGGACCGAGGCUUCGACGACACCACCAUUAGCCGCUGGGCUCUUAGGGAAUGGUUCAGUGACGACGCGGGCCUAUCUUCACGACCUCCCAGUACUCUCCCUCCGGACGUGGAUCAUAUCCCGACCACCGAGCCCGCCAUGUCCCCAGAGAAGAAAAGCAAACCAGUACUUAUUAAAAGCCGCUCCGUGCCGCUUUUUCGCAGACCCCAAGUCGUUCACAAGCUUCGACAUUCGCAUUCUAUGCCCUUUCGCAAUCGCUGA